CCAACACGCUCUCUGGUCGAUGGAAACGAUAGUGGGAUGUGCUAGGAGAGAUUUCGAAGACAGGGAAGAGCUCUAAAAGGAUGGAUGAGAGCGGGGGUGAUUGGAUGUUGUUGCGACCUUUCCAUCAGACUUUCUCCCCCCUUCAUCUAUGCUUCCCUCGUCUUUCUCCGUUUCAACAUGGAAUGUGUCACUGAACAGUCUUCCUGUAUUACAGAUUUAGAAGAUGCCGACCCGUUUCUCCAAUACCCGCAAACAUCGUGGACACGUCUCAGCCGGUAACGGGCGGGUCGGAAAGCACCGCAAACAUCCAGGUGGUCGUGGUCUCGCUGGUGGUCAGCACCACCACAGAACCAACUUCGAUAAGUACCAUCCCGGCUACUUUGGUAAAGUCGGUAUGCGCUACUUCCACCUCACCCGUAACCAGUACUGGCGCCCCAUUAUCAACGUCGACAAAUUAUGGACUCUUGUCCCCACGGAGGAGAAGAAGGGUAUGACAGAGGGUUCAGACGUCGUCCCUGUCAUUGACACUUUGAGACAUGGGUACGGAAAGGUUUUGGGCAACGGGCAACUACCCAAACUUCCUUGCAUCGUAAAAGCACGCUACGUGUCCAAGCUUGCCGAGGAAAAAAUCAAAGAGGCUGGAGGUGUAGUUUCGCUCAUUGCAUGAGUUUGUGUAGCUUAGUUAUUUUUCUCUUACUUUUCUCCCACUCUCAUAACAUGCCGCAUGUCAUACUUUGACC